GGUGCUUCAGCGUAGAACAUGGCGUCCAAGAAGCGGCAGCCAAAACAGGGAGUCGCAGAUCUGAGGAAAAGCAAACAGGGCACGAACAGCAAGAACAGCGAACGGCCCCGUGCAAGCUGCAGCACAGACCUGCUCGUCCCCGAGAGGGAACGGUACCUGCAGAAGGAAUGCGAGGUCCUGACCGAACAGAUAGACACGUACAAGAAGAGAGCGGAGCACUUCCUGCAGGAGAACGAGUUUCUGGACAAGGAGGCGCAGCAGAUGCAGCAGAACAGUAAAGUCUAUACCACCUACAUGAGGAAGCACACCCAGAAGUGCCAGGACGCUGUCGUGAUGCUGAACGACCAGAACCACUCCGAUCUGAGCGCCGUGCGCAGGCAGAAGGAGCAGAUGGUUGCGCACUACUCCGAGGAGGAGAGGAAGCUGAGAAAGAAGCUACUGGAGCUGGAGACAAAGUCCGCGCUCAUGAGCAGGGAGGUGGGGGACCUGCAGCCCUACAAGGACCUGCAGCAGGAGCAGCUGAUCAGGGUCAGGGAGCUGGAGAAGGAGCUCCUGCUCACAAAAAUCCAGCACACGGAGCAGAUGCACAAGGUCAAGAGCAGGUUCCUGCAGGCCAAGUCCGACUACUCGGCCGCGUCCCGGCACAAGGUGCAGGCCCUGGCCAAGAGCGCCGAAGAGGCGGCCGUGCGCUGCCUCAUCCAGCACAUCAGGCGGGUGAAGGCCGAGAACUGGCGCCUGCGCCACCAGCUGCUGGGCCUCCUCCGGCGCUCCGGCGUCCUGCGGGCCUACCAGCACCAGCUGCGAGCGCGGCAGCACCAGCUGCUCCGCCAGCACCAGCACAGCCAGGCCCUGGCCCGCCUGCGGCCCUGGCUGCAGCGCCCUGGCCACGGGGCCCCACGCAGGCCGACCUGA